AUGUCCACCCCGCACUUCCCCGCAGACAUCUCAGCAUCGCUCCGUCAACUCCUCGACACUACAACCUCAGGUCCAACGCCGUCCGUUGCAGGCCUCGUCUACUGCGCCGUUGACCGCAAUGGCGACAUCUUAUUCAACCACGCCUCUGGCUCUAGGGGACUUGCUCCAUUCAAUGGCGGCCCGAUGACCCUCGACACCGUCUUUUGGAUGGCAUCAUGCACAAAGAUGAUUACGGGGAUAGCAUGUAUGCAACUCGUUGAGCAAGGGAAACUAUCCUUAGAUGACGUCCAGCAAGUCGAAAAGAUUGCACCGGAAUUGAGAGACGUAAAAGCUCUCGAAGGCGAUUUGAAGAGCGGAUUCAAACUCGUCGACAAAGAUCGCGGGAUUACGCUAAGGAUGUUGUUGAAUCAUACUGCUGGCUUCGGAUAUCCCUUCGACAACUCCAAACUCCGCGACUACUCCCUGCCCAUCGGCUACGAUGAAUUCGCCGGUAACACAGACGACAUUCUCGGUCUACCCCUAAUCAACCAGCCAGGCACAAUGUUCGACUAUGGAGUAAACCUGGACUGGGCCGGUAUCCUCGUCGAGCGCAUCACCGGCCUUUCGCUGAACGAAUACUUCCAAAAACACAUCUUUGCGCCGCUAGGAAUCAAGGAUAUUUCCUUCUUCCCUGGGGCAGAUAUGAAGAGGAGAUUGGCGUACAUGCAUCGACGAGAAGAAGAUGGGUCGUUACAUGUUACGGAUCAUUUGUAUCGGUUUGCGUUGAUGGAGAAAAAGGCUUCUGAUUCGGGGGCUGAGGAGAGGUUUUGUUCUGGUGGUGCGGGGUGUUUUGGGACGAUUGGGGAUUAUUGCAAGAUUAUUGCAGUCCUACUGAAUAACGGGACAUGUCCCAAAACCAAAGCGCAGAUCCUCAAACCCGAGACCGUUGAUGAAAUGUACAAAGACCAGCUCCCAGAUCUGCCACGAUACAUCAACAAACCCGCUCAAAGCGCCAAACCCCAUCUUGCAAAACACGCACCCGUGCGGCCGCUGCCAGCACACGAAGACGAAUCCACCACAGAAGGUUGGGGACUAACCUUCGCACUCAACCACAACGCAAAAGAGUCGGGUAGAAAACCCGGCAGUGCAUCGUGGGAAGGAAUUGCGAAUCUGUUUUGGUGGGCCGAUAGAGAGAGUGGUGUUGGUGGAAUGAUUGGGAGUCAGAUUUUGCCUUAUGGUGAUGUUGCGAUGCUUGAUGUUAAUGAUGCAGCUGAAAAACUAGUGUAUACCGGCUUGAGAAGGACGGAUGAUAUGUAUAAAUAA